CUGAACUUUGUUGUUGUCAGCAACUAACAGCUAACAGUUAGCUAACGUUAGCCGGACGCCGAGCUAACAGGAACAUAUCGUGUAUCCCAUUCGUCCUAAUAACGGAGCAGAGUACGGUUAUAUUUAGGUCGUAACGACCACAUCCGUAAGAAGUCGCCUUCAUCGGUAUUUGGCCUCCGAUACCACAUAAAAAUGACAUCUGCACUGUCUGAUCCAACCCUAGAAAGACAUUUCAAGGGUCACAGGGACACUGUGACGAGUGUGGACUUCAGCUGCAGCAUGAAACAGAUCGCCACAGGCUCCAUGGACUCCUGUGUGAUGAUCUGGAACAUGAAACCUCAGAUGCGCGCGUAUCGUUUUGACGGACACAAAGACGCCAUCCUUUCUGUCCACUUUUCUCCGUCGGGCCAUCUGGUGGCCUCUGCCUCCAGAGACAAGACUGUACGUCUUUGGGUGCCCAGCAUGAAGGCCGAGUCAACAGUAUUCAGGGCUCACACUGCCACCGUGCGCAGUGUUAACUUUUCUGGUGAUGGACAGACUCUGGUCACAGCCUCUGAUGACAAGACAAUCAAAGUGUGGACCGUCCACAGGCAAAAGUUCCUGUUCUCUCUCAACCAGCACAUCAACUGGGUCCGCUGUGCCAAGUUUUCUCCAGACGAUCGCUUGAUUGUGUCAUCUAGUGACGAUAAGACCAUAAAGCUGUGGGACAAAAACAGCAGAGAGUGCAUUCAUUCUUUCUAUGAACAUGCUGGUUACGCAAACCACGUGGAUUUCCAUCCCAGUGGAACAUGCAUUGCUGCGGCUAGUACUGACAACUCUGUCAAGGUGUGGGACAUCCGGUCCCAUAAGAUGCUACAGCACUACCAAGUUCACAGCGGUGUGGUGAACAGUUUGUCUUUCCACCCAGCUGGUAAUUUCCUAAUCACUGCGUCCAGCGAUUCCACAAUGAAAGUACUGGACCUUGUAGAGGGCAAGCUGCUGUAUACGCUGCACGGACACCAGGGUCCAGUCACCUGUGUGGCCUUCUCUAGGACAGGGGAGUACUUUUCCUCUGGAGGCGCUGAUGAACAGGUAAUGGUGUGGAAGAGCAACUUUGACUGUGUUGAAUGCAGUGAUGGCGUCAGACUGCAACAUAAAACUGCUUCCAGCUUGCAGACACCAACAACUACCUCCACUGCUCACUUCCCCCUUAACUCACAUACAUCUAUAUUACGCAGCAAGACCUCUGAACCAGCUCAGCAUUUUAACAGGCAGGACUUUCAAACUGCUGCCCACAUUCAGAGCUUUAGACAAGGUGGCAUCCAGAGUAGAGUAUCUCAUUCCCACGCCUAUGGAAGCCUCAGCACCAAUUCCUCCCCCACCCAUCAGACACAGACCCAGAGUUUACGGCAGCAUUCACCCCAAGGUCAAGCACAGUCCCAUGCGUCAGGUGAAGGGGUCCCUCCUGGUCUAGCAAACACUCUGGAACACAUUAUUGGCCAACUGGAUAUUCUAACUCAGACGGUUUCGAUCUUGGAGCAGCGGCUGACGCUGACAGAGGACAAGCUCAAGGAGUGUUUGGAGAACCAAAUGGAAAUCGGUCUGCAUCUCCAGAGAAGAGAGGACGCUUAAAGUUAGCGGUACCAGAGACACAUUGAUCUGUGAUGUUGGAGGGGGAAAUGUGGUUGCAUCAACACCUUACACCGUUACUAUUAGAUCACACUGAAAGCAAGGACUGAAACUUAAAUGCACACUGAGCUUUACUGCUGAUAUACUGUGUCUGGUUGUGUUGCAAAGAGAUAUUAAAAGUGAAGGAGUUGAAUAUUAGAAAAGUUUCUGUGCAGCAGUGCUGAGCAUGCAGUCCCGUUUCUGCUGACAAAACGACCUGCUGCUACUACUGUCACGCUGUGUGUGUGAUUGUGCACAAUGGCUCCUUGUACAAGUGCCGACACACAUGCACUGUAUGUAUGUUUUUAUCCCAGUCUGUCUCGUGUAGGAGGCCAUUAGCCAGUGCAUUUUUUUUUCAUUGGAAAGUGCAUAUCACUGUAUUUGUCAUUUAUAACAGGAAGGAAGUGAUCCUGCUGCUUUAAGGCAGUUACUCAAGAAGUUUGUUCUCCUCUGGUUCAUUAACUUGUAGUCAUGUUUGUUAUUAAUACUUGCAACAAGGAUUUUAAAUAAUACAAUAGAGCAGUCAUUGCAGAGCCAAUAUGGUGCCUUUAUUUUGUUUAACAUGAAGGAAUGUCUCUAACUGAUAAGUUUGAGGCAGAUUUUUAUUCUGGUAAUAAUUUGUAUUUGUUUUACUGUCAACAGAUUCCAUGAGAAGACUGAAAUGACAAUGCUUUGGUGCCUCUAACAAUUGCAAGUGAGAAAGUAAUGAAAUACAAACUAAUAGGUUAGUGAUUUUCAUGGGAAUUGUUGACAAUAAGAGAAUGAUAAAAUAAUACCAGUCCUCAUAUUUUAUGUUAAAGUUAUGGUGCUUUUUACAUUGGUUCUAAAUUGGAUGGAAAAUACCUUGAUCCAUGUCUUUAUAC